AUGUCUCAAUCGCAGCUCGCGGCGGGGCGCACGACUCCGCCCGGGCACACGCAGCCGCGCCGACUGCAGGAUCAGUUCGCAGCACACAGAAAGUCGGGGAAAACAGCGUGGUGCCAAGGACAUUAUGACCGAAAAGAGUGUGACGGUGAUGAAGCUUCGAACUCGGCAAUGAUGACAAUAUGGCUGGUGGGCAGCGUGAGCAGCGUUCGCUUUCAGCGGCUGAGACAAGUGUGUCAGUGGAUACAUCGAUCCUACGUAUCCCAGGUCUCAGUACAGAUACAAACCAUCUUGUACUUCAGCGAAGUGGACGAUUUCAUACAGUGGGCUGCGUCAGAGUUUUUAUUCGAGGAUGUCCUGCUAAAAGAAGACUUCCCCCUGGCAGAAGUAGCACGUCGAGCGCUAUCCGAAAAAAUCGCCUUCUUGUGCAAAAAUUCCGCCAAGGUGUUCUGCCGCGUAGUCUUCCACGUGAACCGCACCGCCCAUGCGAUGACAGCGUUCAAGUUUCCUAACGAGCAGGAUGCACCAGAUACCACGGAUGGGGAAAAUCUUCAAAGAGACCCUCUCACGGGCGUUGCUGGAAGUGACGAGCUCGCCUCUGCCGCUGCUGUAGAGGUUUUCUUUGAGGUGGACUCGGGAAGGGUCCCGUGCAGCAGCAGCAUUUUUACCGAAGCAGCUAGACGAAAGGAGUACAACGGCUGCGUCGUUCACCGUGUGGUGCCCCGCGGGUGGAUUCAGUUUGGGUACUCGGACUCGUCCACCACGCAGUCACGGCACGGCGCACCACAAGAUUUGACGAAGGCCUCUCUUGAAAACGCAGUUUUCCGACACUGUGAGGAGACGCAGCGAUACUGGAUAUACAUGUUCAAAACCCCAAAAAGUCAAUGGAUCCUCAGUGACUGGUACAACGCGCGCGAGCACAUCACAGGGCGCCGCGGUACAUUGUCCCUACGCAUGAAGACCAAACCUUCAGAACUAGUAUGA